AUGGCCGUCGGCACUCGAGGCGACGUGCAGCCGUUCAUCGCGCUAGGUCGACGUUUGCAGGCGUAUGGUCACCGUGUGCGUGUUGCCUCACACAGUGUCUAUCGGGAGUUUGUGCUGGCAUCGGGCCUGGAGUUCUAUCCCCUGGGUGGAGAUCCCAAAGUUAUUUGUGAGUUUGUGGUUAGAAACAGGGGCGUCUUGCCGAUAAAAAUGUCAGACGUGGCUGAAAACAGGAAGCAGCUGCGCGAAAUCAUCUAUUCGACUUACGGAGCAUGCAUCUGCCCAGAUCCACAAGGCGAUGGGAGGGAGUUCAUGGCAGAAGCCCUCAUUGCCAACCCUCCUUGCUAUGGCCACAUACAUUGUGCUGAGAAGCUGGGAAUACCACUGCACAUGGUGUUCACGAUGCCCUGGACACCGACAAAGGAUUUUCUGAACCCCCUUGCAAGGAUCACGGAUGGAAUGGUGUCUCGACUAGAGCACCUGACCCAGGUGCUGCCAAAGCAGAGCGCCACAGGUUGGAGGAAGUUCAUCAGGGAUGGGGUAUCCUGGCUAUCGUUUGUGGCUAUGGAAGACAUUGUGUUCUUGGGGAUGAAGGACAUCGUGGACCAGUUCAGGAAGGAGGUCUUGGGGCUGAAUGCUCUGCCAAAUACGCAAGACACAAGGCACCUGCUGUGCACCAGGCAGGUACCGUUCAUGUACUGCUGGAGCCCCUCAUUGAUUCGAAAGCCUUCCGAUUGGGGUCAGCACAUCGACGUGGUUGGGUUUUUCUUUCUGAAUCAGGCACGCCUCUUCCAGUACCAACCCUCUCCAGAACUCGCUGAGUUUCUGCAGGCUGGACUGCCGCCUGUGUACAUUGGAUUUGGGAGCAUGAUGGUUGGAAAUGCCAAGGAACUCACAAAAAUCAUAUUUGAUGCCGUUGCGAAGGCGGGUGUGAGGGCGCUCUUGUCAAAGGGCUGGUCGAACCUGGGGCAAGGCUUUGAGCUGCCAGAGGCGAUUAUGCUGCUGGACGACUGCCCGCACGACUGGCUAUUUCCCAGAUGCUCUGCUGUGGUGCAUCAUGGUGGUGCGGGCACGACCGCAGCUGGGCUGCUAGCCGGCUGCCCCACAUUUAUCACUCCCUUCUUUGGUGACCAGCCAUUUUGGGCCGAUGCCUGCCACAGGGCCGGCGUGGGGCCUCAUCCUGUAUACAUAACCGAUCUGACCACGGACAAGUUGGCCAAUGCGUUUGCGUGCAUGUCCUUGCCAAAGGUGAAACAAAAGGCAAAGGCCAUUUCAGAGCGCAUGCAACAAGAGGAUGGACUCGGCUCAGCAGUUGAGUCAUUUCACAAAAACCUCCCAUUGGAUGCGAUCCUUGAAAAGAAGAAGAUGAUCUGGAAUUUGUGUGGCGGCAAGGUGAGAUUUGAGGGCCCAGAUGACGCCCCCCCUGUCGUAGACGCGUUGUCCCCCCAAGCGGCUGGAAUGUGGUACUGGCUGUUUGGAUGGAUGUGCUGUUCGCCCAUAAGGAGGCAUAAGCGGAACGGCACAAGGGGGGCCACAGGCUGGUGA